UCAUCAUCCUUCGUCGGGUUCUUAUGAUUCCUGAGACACUUCCGCCAUUUUCAGUGAAAAGCUAAGCAAUGCUACUCUCUCUUGUGCACGCGACUUUUACACCCCUCCAAUCCACAGCUCACUCCACAUAUUUCCUCCCAAAAUCUCUCUUCCCUUCCUUCGAACAUGAACCCACAACCACCCUCCGUCGAUUGUUCUCUCUGACCGAGAAAAAAUCACCCGAUGAGCCCAACUCCAAGAAGCUCAAUGUCUCCACUUCUGCCGUCAAUGCUUCCUUGCUUGAGGCUCCUGUCUUGUGGGUCGGUAGGACUUGCGUCUUUUAUGCGCUCUUGAAGGCUGGCUUAGCUGGAUCUCCGGCUAACCCAUUAGUCUCUGAUUUGGGAAGUGGUGCUAUUGGAAGUGAGGAUGGUGAUUUGGGCUUCUCUAAGUGGCUUGAGAACAUACGAGGAAAACCAGAUAAAGAUGCCGCUGAGAAAAGGAAGCUAGUGAGCAAAUGGCAUCCGACAACAAAAGGGACACUCAAGAGAAACUACAGGGUACCUUCCAAGGCUGAAGGACGUCGCCUUCUCAAAGCUAUUGCUUCCCUGCUUUCUGAUGAUGAUCACUUCACAGAUGCCACUUCCCACAAGGGUUGUCAAAUUAGGAGGGAGAGUGCUCAUGGCGAAAGUGUAUGCUGCAACAAUGUGAGGGCUCUUUUCGAUGAACUUCCCACUCCACAUUUAGUAAUCGAAAUCACACCUUUUCCUUCUGGGCCUCUUACAGACAAGGAUUACCUCAAGGCUGAGAAACUAGAGAGGGUACUUAGGUCUGGUCCUUCUGUUUGAAUUCUCUUAAGAUCCUGUAUUGCUCGUUCUGUUCAGUCAUCCUGUACAUAUUGCACUCAUGGAUUCGGUAAUAUAUCUGCCAUUAUUGUUAUGUUUCAACAAGUUUUCUUAACUUGGCUAUUCCCUUCUUCUC